GGGGGAUCCCCGCCUGGCGGAUCCCCGCCUGGCAGCUCCCGCCCGGCGGAUCCCCGAGGAUUACAAGGAGCCGCUCGCCCCGUCCCGGACGCUGCCGAGGGCCGCCCGGAGGGAGCGCAGCGCCCCGCGCCCCGCUGCCCGGAGCCGUCCCGCGGGGGCCCUGAGGAGCCGGGGGCUGCCGGGACCAUGGCGUCGGCGGACGGUGCCAACAAUAUGCCUAAGCAAGUAGAAGUGCGGAUGCAUGAAAGUCAUUUGAGUCCAGUGGAGCACAGAUCCAGGAACAUAUGUGUGCAGUUUUGCCAGUCGCUCCGCAGGAAUCUGCUCCUGACUCUUACUGUAUUCGGUGUCAUCCUGGGUGCACUAUGUGGGGGUCUUCUUCGUCUAGCAACACCAAUUGACCCUGACAUCAUCAUGUUAAUAGCCUUCCCAGGAGAUAUACUUAUGAGGAUGCUAAAAAUGUUGAUCCUCCCUUUAAUUAUCUCCAGUUUAAUCACAGGACUGUCUGGUUUAGAUGCUAAAGCGAGUGGCCGAUUGGGAACAAGAGCCAUGGUCUACUACAUGUCCACCACUAUUAUUGCUGCCGUGCUGGGUGUGAUUCUGGUUUUAGCUAUCCAUCCAGGGAAUCCAAAACUCAGGAAACAGCUAGGUCAAGGGAAAAAGAAUGAUGAAGUAUCUAGUCUGGAUGCCUUCUUGGAUCUGAUACGAAACCUGUUCCCUGAAAAUCUAGUCCAAGCGUGUUUUCAGCAGAUCCAAACUGUUACCAAGAAAGUGUUGGUGCCACCACCCAUUGAAGAACCACCGAAUGUUACUGAUGCUGCUUUUGCUAUAAUGAAUGAGACAGUGCGCGAAGCACCAGAAGCCCAGCUGGUCAUUAAGAAGGGACUUGAAUUUAAGGAUGGCAUGAAUGUCCUGGGUUUGAUAGGAUUCUUUAUUGCUUUUGGCAUUGCUAUGGGGAAAAUGGGAGAACAGGCCAAGAUGAUGGUGGAUUUCUUCAACAUUCUGAAUGAGAUUGUAAUGAAGUUAGUAACUAUGAUCAUGUGGUAUUCCCCUUUGGGCAUUGCUUGCCUCAUCUGUGGAAAAAUCAUUGCAAUCAAGGAUUUAGAAGUAGUUGCUAGACAACUUGGCAUGUACAUGGUAACAGUGAUCGUGGGUCUUGUCAUCCAUGGAGGGAUCUUCCUGCCUCUGCUUUACUUUGUGAUAACGAGGAAAAGCCCCUUUUCAUUCCUUGCUGGGAUUUUCCAGGCAUGGAUCACAGCACUAGGCACAGCUUCCAGUGCUGGAACAUUACCUGUCACGUUCCGGUGUCUUGAAGAAAAUCUAGGCAUUGAUAAACGUGUAACAAGGUUUGUUCUUCCUGUUGGAGCAACAAUUAACAUGGAUGGAACUGCCCUUUAUGAGGCUGUGGCUGCCAUCUUCAUAGCACAGAUGAAUGGAAUUGAGCUGGAUGGAGGCCAGAUAGUUACUGUGAGUUUGACCGCCACCCUUGCAAGUGUUGGAGCUGCCAGUAUUCCCAGUGCGGGACUCGUCACUAUGCUUCUGAUCCUUACUGCAGUGGGUCUCCCUACCCAGGACAUCAGUUUGCUUGUUGCUGUUGACUGGCUUUUGGACCGGAUGAGAACGUCAGUCAAUGUAGUGGGGGAUUCUUUUGGUGCUGGCAUCGUCUACCACCUUUCCAAGGCAGAACUUGACAGCAUUGAUUCUCAUCAUAAAGGGCAUGAAGACAUUGAAAUGACCAAGACUCAGUCAAUCUAUGACGACUUGAAAAAUCAUAGGGAAAACAACUCAAACCAAUGUGUUUUUGCAGCUCACAACUCAGUCAUAGUAGAUGAAUGCAAGUUUAUCCAGCAUGGGGAAUUUCAGCUGUGUCUUUAAGUUUUCAUUUGAAGCCGAGGAUGUUAACCUACAAGGUAACACUGGCAACCAAUGGCAAAUCUGCAGACUUCAGUGUGGUUGAAGAAGAGCCUUGGAAACAUGAAAACUAAGGGAAGAGAUUCCCAGCUCCAUCUUUAAUAAGCCCCGAAGCUCUCUUCUGGUAAAAGAUACCAUGAUUAAGGAAGAUUUCUCUCUCUCUCUUUUUUUUUUUUUUUUAAUUUAACAUCUACAGUUUCUGCUUACUUAAUUUCUUAACUGAAACUUAGCAAAGAUCUCAUAAAGUCAUUGUAGCGUCUUUGCCAAACAAUGAUCCGUAACCAUCUGUCUCCCUUGUGUUACUGUUUGGAUGAUGCAGCUGGAGAAUACUCCAUGCAGUGCAAUGUGCUCUCACCCGCCUCCCUGUUCAUUCAAGACGCAGAGAAUGUAAAUGCUGCGAAAUGGGAAGAUCGCAAUGCCAGUACAGUUCGCUACAGGGACUCAGGGUCACAAAUUGUUUCAGAUAAAUAUAACUUCAUGCAGACCUCCAAGUGUUUCAGUGACUCUUGUGGCACACCUGAUCUAGUUGGCACUGCAUGGCUAAAAUAGCUUUUGAAAAUGCCCACAAAGAUUUCUAUUUGUUACAAGAAUAAGAAGAACCUGGCACGGGAAGCACCGAAUUUUUGUGCCUACUUGUACUUCAGACUGAACUUAGAUCCAGGGGCAAGGUUAAUGUAUGGAAGUCAAUAAAUCAUCCCAGACCUUUUGUUAGAUUAGUACAACUAAUACUUGACAUUAAGACAAGACCUUAGAUUUGCAUGUACAUAUGAUAUGUUUUUGUCAGCUGUCCCAGGGCAGGUGCAGCUCCAUUUUAUUAUGGGUCUGUGCUGCUCUGUGACCACAGUGCAUCAGAUAAUACAAGGCAGUAUUAUUGCAGGGUGUAAUAGUUCUUAAACCAAUGUCUGAUGUACAAAAUAUAGAAUACCAUGGGCUCAGUUAUGUCAUUCUUAGUCCAAGCAGGUAGCACCUUACUCUUCACCCUGCUCCACUGAAGUCUGAGGGAUUACUCGUGUGGAAGGGGAGGCUCAAGUAAGGUACUACUAAGCGUGAGCAAGGAUGUCAUGAUUGGGUACCUGAUAAUGAUCUAUAAAAAAAAAUCUGAAUAUAUUACACUAAAUAAUUGGGAGUUUUGAAUGUAAUCAUCAGUAGCAUUUGACUUGAAGUGUAUGUCUUCCAAGUUCAUGUCAUAGGUCAGAGAAUGGCUAAAUCCUGAAAUAAUUACUAAGCCAAAUUCCUUAUUAAGGUCAGUGGAAUUUGGCCAGGGCCAGAACUGAAUGAAGAACACGCAAGAAUUACAGGAUUUAGACCAAUGUGUUGAAUUACUUCUCUCUUUCUCUGUUUUGUAGAGUAAUGAUUCAUAUACAUUUCUAAUGUCAGAGAAAUGUUUCUUAGAGCACCUGGCAUCUGAAUUAACAAGAUGGUGUUUUGUCAACAUAAUAUAGCUGACUCAUCCUGUCAGGAGAAAUUACAGCCACAAUAAUCACCUUGUGAAGUGUUUUCUAAAGGUGCUUGUUAAUACUCUGCAAUGUUCAGACACUGGUGAACGCCUCUGUACUACUAGCAAUGUUCUAUAGCGCAGCUGAGCCAAGCAGCCCUGGGAGGCUGCACCCACAGAGCGAGCCCUGUGCAGUGUCUGGGGGAGCUCGCAGAGGUUCUCAGAGUGACUCUGAGUACAAGCAUACCAUGAGCUUAGGCAUGGCCGAGAACAGAGCUGAAACAUUUAGGGACACACACCAUUGAGUGUCUGUGCAUGGACUUUUUGUGGGUGUAAGCAGGAAUAAUGUGUUGAACUGUGGAGUGGUAUAUGGCUCUGUAGAAGCUAUUAAAAUAUAAUCUGCUUUUGCUCAUCUGCAUUCAUAUAAAGACCUCUGAAAACGCACAUGGACAUAAACCAGCAAAGGCUGCUUGCAUGAUGAGUGAUGUGCAAGACCAAGUUCAUUGUCAAAGCACCCCUCAUUCACGUGUUGAUGUGGACUACUCUUCUUGCCCUUGUAUUUCUGUCCUCACUUACAUCCAUUGCUAUGAUCCUAAGCAAAAUGGCCUAUAUAAUUUAGCAAGUAUUGAACCACUGUGAAUGCUGUAGACUUCUAAUGUAUAUUAGAGGUGGAGACCUUUUCCAGAGGUCUUGUGAAUCAUCUUAAGGAUCCUUUUUUGAUGAAUGGAACCAUAGGAUAUCCAGAGAAGCGAUAGGCAGAUGGUCUUCUCUUUUCUUCGGUCAUUGGUAUCAUAAUACCCAGAAUUAACCUGGAGCUGCUGCUUCUCCCAGUACACACAUGAAUGCUCCCAAAUGUUUUUUUCUUAAAGUGCAUUUGUGAUAGCAAGAAAAGAAAGCAUUAUGCCACCUGUCCUUAUUGAACUGAAAGUCUGGGUAUUGAGAGUGUCUGGGGAUCAGGGUCCUAGUCUGCAUUUGAAGACAAUUUCUCUUCUGGGUUAUGUGCCAGAAAUGUGGCUGGGGCAGUGUGCAGGUACUCUGAAACGUUCCCUGUUCUGAGUCCGUGAGCUUGCAUCAAGUGAAAUUUGCUGUGACUGGAGUGGUGGUUAUAUCCAAGAUCAGCACGCCGUGUUUGCCCAGUAGUGCCUGUCCUGCUGUCCUGCUCGCCACAGCAGUCUUUUAGCAGCAGCCACAGUGACCGCUUGCCUUGAGAGUGGCUUCAGAAAACCAGUCUGCAGACUUUUAGCUGUCUUUUGAAAGCGUUCAGCAGUUGGAAAUGAAAAGGAAUGCCAGCAACAUGUGACUGGGCAGCUCCACAAAAUUGCAUAUUGAGAAACACUUACUAUGUGCUUACGCUUAUCCGCCUGGGACGUGCUGUCCUUUGAAGAGUGAUUCUUCAGAUGGAGGCUAGGGGAGGAAGGAAUGAGAUGCUAGAAAAACUCCACCCACACAAGGGAAAAUAAAUUUGGGCCUUUUGAUAGGACUGGAAUAGCAGAAUGUGAUUUUAAAAUGGUAAUCCUGUAGAUGCAGUAACUCAGGGAAGUUUCAAAAGAUAAUUAUGGAGGCAUUUCUCGACUUAAAUGUGGAUGUGGGAGAAGGAGAAAUGUUGUUUUUGGUAAACUCCUCUGCUUUUAGCCUGGCUGAAUAUUUAAUAUAGUGUUACUCCAGCACAUCACUGUAUUUAACCAUCAAAAAGCUUUCCAUUUCGCUGGGAAAAUGUAACUCAUUCUUGGCUUGCAUUUCUCGAUUUGCUCAUUCCACAUGAGGCCGGGUUGCUACUUAACUAAAUAAACAGAAACUAACCCAGGGCCCGGCCACUUCAGCUAAUACAAGUUCACAUUUCAGCAAGCAGGGCUGGUCACUGACUAGUCUCUUUUUAGUUUCACUAGGAAUGUUGAUGCAUUCAUUUGCAUGUGGCAAAUAUUUUGUGUUUGUUUCCAGGACUGAGGUGGCAAAGUUAAAGGAAAAGCACAGUAGAAAGUGAUUUGCUUUCUGUGCAGUUCCUGGAGGAAUAACAUUUCUCUCUUAUGCUCACCUCGUGUGCUGCUCUGUCCGCCCCCCUGUUGUCUGUGCAGCUGUGAUACCCUUUGCCCUUUACAUUAUUGGCAGCACUCUGGCACAUGGGAAAGUCUAAACCAGGCAAAGACUCAGUUAAUUGCAUGACUAAUUAAGUACAUAUGUAUUUACUUUGUGCAUUCACUGCUGAAGCUAGGUCGGCAUUCUCUUGAUACCUGUUCAUUGAAACUAAAGCACACUGCACGCUGAAGCUAAAGAAGAGAUGGAGCACUUUCCUACUGAGUUUUCUUCUUCACUGCUUCCCUUAGAGAACAAAGGCUGCACCAGCACUGUAAGAAGCAUGCAUGGUUCUUACACAGGAAGAUGCUUCAGAUAGGUAGGGGACAAGCCAUGUGAACCAUACUGAUAUGCGCUCCCUCCAUUUGAAUCAGUGAGAAACUCAUUACAUCUUUGAAAAGCUAUGUUUGCUGUAGUGAAACCUGUGCCAGCAAUGCUCUGGCUACAGAAGGUCCCACUGAAAUCCAGGGGAAUCACGGGCUUCCAGGAAAGGUCAGAUCUCUUCCUGUCUCCGCUAAGUAAUAAGGUGUUUCACAAUCCUGUCUGAGUCAGUAGUCUUUGUCUGCUGCUUAAAAUGAAGGCGAUUCUCACACCCUCAAGGUUUUUGCCAAGAUGCUUCUUUUUUUUUUUUUUUUUUUUGCCUAAUUAUUUCUGUGCUCUGCAAAUCCAGCAAUGAAUUUAAAACUCAGCACAAAAAUAGGGAUCGCUGUCAUUAAGUUUUUGUGUUUUUUUUUUUUUUUUCUGUUCCGUCCCUGACAUACAGCUAACCUCCAUUUCUUUCUCAAAGCACGUGGAAUUCUAAACAUUGUGCCACUCCAAAAUGUGUGAGUAAGAUGUGAGUAAUAUGGAUUUCUGAUUUAUUUUCCAGCACUACCAGGGUCAUUGCAAUUCUGGUAGUCGACACUCAGAAGAGCAGACUGCUCAUCUGAGAAGCUGCAGCAACAGUGCUUGAACAAAUUUGUUCUGGCAACUGCCUGGUUUUUCUUUGCUUCCUCGCCUUCUCUUGUGUUGUUGCAGACUUGUUGUAGCAACACAGCAGCAAUCGCACAAAUCCCUAAAAACACAAGCAGCAUUAAACCUCACCUCUGACAUCCGCUUCUUUAAAUAAAUUUAAGAAAGCUCUGAGCUUUAGGCUCAGAGAAAUGCUUUUGUGGAGACUUAACGGUAUAACUAUUUCUCUUUUCAUUAGUUCCAUUCAUCUAUUUUAUUGCUGCAUUUGAGUUCAUUUACAGAAGGGUAAAUAAGGGCACUUUAUAAAAAAUGUACUGUAAUAUUAGUCUGUUAUGAGCCAGAAGACUAUCCUUGAUUUUAUUACUGUGACUUCUAAGGACACGAUAAUAAUAAGAUAUUUUUCAUACUAGUCAUUAUAGUAGGUGUAUGGCCCAUUGGGCCAGUUCACCUCAGCUAUCGCUCUGCUUGCAUCCCUGUAUAACAUUGUGUGGAAGCUCCUGCUCCUGCUCCUACCAGAAAGCCCUCCCUGAACAGAGUCAUUUUCUUUUCUCCAACAAUACUGAUGACUUCGAAGGAAAAAUAUUUUCCCAGUUUUCCUUAUCUGAAUAACUGUAAAUAGAGGAUAGCUUCAAGUGGUUUUUUUUUAUUGUUUGUUUUGUUUUGAUUUGUUUUUGGGGGGAGGGAAGGAAUUACAAUGCUGAAGUGUCAGAGAAAGCAGCUGGCUGUAAACAAAGUGUUCAGCUUCACCAUGUUGUUUUUUAAAGAGUUAUGUUCUUGUUCACAAUUUAACCCCCCCCCCCAAAAAAAAAAAAAAAAAUUAAAUCUUUACAGAUUAUUAAAUCCAUAUUCCUUCCAAAGCCAUUGAUCUUUCUUCCUGGCAGACACAGAGGCUGUGGCUCUCCCUAACCCUGAUGCAGGCUCCGCAGUUCCGCAUGCCUACAGCAGGACUCCCAUUACGGUACACUGCACAAGGGGUGCCUCCCUCAUUUUUUCCUCCCUCAUUUUUUCCCCCUGGUCAAGUUUGAUAUUAAAUUGAAAUCUGCUGCUGUGAAUGAGCCAAACAGCUGCUGAUGCCUUGGUGCUGAUCGUUCCUUUACUUCCUGCAUGAGCAGGCUCUGAGGAACCAUCCCAUGGCUGUGCCCACCAUCCCAGAGACUUCUUCCACGCUUUGGGGAAGCCUCGUGGCUUCCCACUACCAAGCUGAUACAAAUCCUCAUGGAUAAGGUGGUUGUGCUUUUGCAGCUAGGUUUUUUUUGAAAAAAAAACUAGAGCAUAUGACUGAGCCACCGAGUGGGUCUCUACCAGUCCAGGAUGGAAAUAACCAAGCUAAGGCAAGAUUUGGGAAAGCACGAAGACAACUGAGAUUUCUCACCCAACCUUUGAUCCCCUUUUAUGUCCGUGUUCUGCUGCAGAGCCAAUGCUGACUGAUGCUGGAGUGUCGAAUCCUUCUAGUUUGAUUUUUCAAAAUUCAGGAGCCCCGCAAUUGUUUUUAAUGAUGCUCUGUGGCAUACACCAUUACACGAAGGGAAACUGUCAUAGGCAGCAUCAUACAACCUGGGUUGUCUAGUACCUUUAUAUUGUUUUGUAAAUAAAUAGAAGAGUUUGCAGGGAUUUUUGUAUCAUUCUUUUCUAUUUCUUUUCUACAGUUUUUCAAAGACUGUAUGCAAACUGUGUUUACAAAUUGAUUUUGCUGUCAGUAUUGUAGAUUAUCGCAUGUCCAUUUUGGUGUUUUGUAUGGGCUUGUGAGUUCUUGUGUGUUACAGGUUGUCCUUCCUUCUUAAAAACAAUUGCAUACACUUUUAUCCAGCAUAUCCUGUGCCCUUAAAUAUAUCCCAUUUCCCAUGGUCCAGUGUGAGCUGUAGCUUGUAGAAUGCAUGAGAAAAUGCUGCACAUAUAUUAAUAUUGUUAAAUAUGAUAUGCUCAAUCCUGACGUAGUUAUUAAUAUAGGUUUUAGGUGUUUGUACUUGUUCUCUGGAAACUACAGUUUAGACUGAACUAAAUUGCCUAGUAUCUGUAAUUUACAGACACUCAUAUUUUCAUAUAAUAUUUUCUAUAUGACCGUAUAAGAUAGGGGGAUAGGCCUUUAAAGGUGAUCUGUACCUUAGAACAAAAAGUUUUCUCAUAACAUUUAGGAUCAAUGAAAUGUUUCUGUGUUAUGUUUAGUGAUGAAUUAUAAACAAAGCACAAAAUGCAAGAAGCAAAUAGGAAUUUCAAGAUGUCCUUAAAUGCUGCAGUUCAUUAUAGAACAAUGUUAUAAUAACCUGAACAAUCUUCUAGAUUGACUGUCUUGGGCAAUUGCCCCUCAUUUUUGUCAUUUUUCCUGGUGUUACCUUUGCCAAAUCUUGCAGUUCUUUCUUAGGACCUGAUCAUGUGUAAUUGACUCACUCAGACUGCUGACGAAAGAAAAUUGGAGAACUGGGUAGGCAAAAAAUAGAUUUUCAGGUACCUAGUCUGUCUUGCUACAAUGUACAUGAGUUCAGCCUGCAGAAAGACUUCAUGACUUGGCCACCAAUCUUUGCCUUCUUGAAAGGGGACCAACAGAACCACCAUGGGACCAAUGCAAUUGGGUAGCAUCUGUACAAAUACCUCCUGCAUUCUUAUGUAUUUUAGAGAGAUCAAACACUAUAUUUUUUGACCAGGACAAGUGAAAGUUGCUUCUCUUUUAUGGUCGUCUGUUCCCAUUAGGCAAAUACCUGUUGGCAUUAAGGCCAUGGCUACAAUAAUUUUAUUUAAUGAACGAAGUACUGUUUUGAGAGGAAUAAAAAUAAAUUAAUAUAAAUAUUAAUAACACCUAUAUCACAGAAAGUUUCCCUUAUGGUCAACAAGUUUCUUGAUCAUGAUUAAAAACAAAGAAAACAUUGAACAGCAAAUAUUGCUAUCCCAGUGUGACUGAUACUGGGUAUCUCUUCAUCUAUUCAGAAAUCUGCAGGGUGUGGUAUUCUGCUGAGGUUUUGGAGACUAAAUUUCUGGUAGAUAUACAUGUAGGAAGUGUGUUGAUGUACCCUCGUAUUUUAAUCUCUUUCUUGUAUUUUAAAUCAAUUGUACCAGGUAUUAUCUUAAUAGGAACUGCAGGUAGAAUAGUGUUAAGUGAGUCACUAAUAGAUGUAAAACCUUAUUGAUACCAGUUUUGACAUUUUGUUGAAGCAUGAUGUCCAGUGCCUCUCUGCACUUAGUGUAGAUAAUGUAGCUAUCAACGUGUAAUUUCAGUGAAAUGGUGUACACAGUAUGGGUAGCGGUGCUUUAAUUUAAUUUGACUCGUCAGUGUGUAUUGAGCCAUAGCAUCAAAUUAGGCCACCUUUUAAAAUUCCGUUUUACUUUCGGUUUUUGUUCUUUUGUCUGGGUUUGUUUUCCUUCUGGUCAUUCAGCUGAGUCCAUUACAUAGUUUAGUAACUGUUUUAUCUUUCGAUUAUGGGGUAUCCUGUUCUGAUAACAUUCAGAAUAAUGUAUGCAGUCAAGUUACUGUAAAUACGUUGGUUUUAGUUUUCAGCUCUCUAACCAGCAUGGUACGUGCUAGUACCUGCAUGGGUGUGCUUCCCUGGCAGCGAGAGAAAGUGAUGCCAGCAUAGAUGUGUUCCUCAUGAGUACAUUUGUUAUGACACUAAAAAUUAAUGCACGCACAGAAUGAUUAGUUUAUGUUUUGUUUUAUUCUUGUUUGCUUGACGUGUUGGGACUGUACCACCAGAAGUUCAGUAAGUCACUGCUUAAAUUAGCACAAUGAGCAAGGGGGAAAUCAAUCUAGCUGCCUUAUGCUGGAUGCCCUGUCUGCUACUUGCACAGUGUGCUGCAUGCUGCAGGCAGCAAGGGUUUGCCUGUCCUCUCUGAAGCACCAGCCCCUGCUGUGUCCCCUUGGUAGGAACAGACUAUGAGGAAAAUGCACAGACUCAUGGGCAAGGAUCCACUGCUUCUGACUGUGUUAGAAGAGGAUAUUGAUAGCUACUGGAAAUUAAGUGCAAAGCUAAGUGCUUCUCAGGCUACUGUAGUUGAUGUCCAGGAGGCCUGUUAUAUACAAGAAGUAUGUCUUAUCAUAAAACAAAUAAUAAAACAGACAUAUGAACUAUGUAUUCAGUGGCAAAAUUAUUCUGAAAUCAGGGCUAUAAUCUGUAAGAAAAUUACUUUUUGGGGAUAAAAACUGAAGGUGGUUCUGAAAGAUUUUGAGACAGCAAGAAAAAAAAACUGGUUCAUGCCCAGGGUACGAGCCUGGUUCUCAUAAAUAUGUUCAUCCCCCGUAAGUGAAAAAAAAUUAAAAUUAGGCCCCAAAGCAUGGGAAGUAUCCUUCUUGCUGAGUCCUCCUACGAUAUUUCAGUGUGAAUCACACGCUGUGGGCCUGUGCACUGCCUGCUCCUGCUCCUGAUACUCCUUCCCCCUCUUAAAAGGGGCCAGUCAUAAGAUGGAAUAUUUUCAGAUGCUUCAGCUGAAAAUAAUAAAAAGCAAGAGGGGUCAGGUUGGUCUUUUCCUUACACUCAAAAAGCUCCCCAGAUUUUGAAAUGACAUACUGUACAGUAUCUAUAGCACACUUUAUAAACUAAAGAAUGCAGAUAAAAUUUCUCACAACUUGAGGCUCUGUUCUUGUAUAUUGUAGCUGGAAUGCCUUGUAGACUAAUUCUAUUUUUGUAGUUCAGAUCCUUACACUUAUCUGUAGUCAUUUGCUUUUAAUGCUUUCUUAUGGUGUAAACUGAUUUCUGUAACUUUUAUGUAUAAAACAAACUGGACAUUCUUUCUAUACUGGAAAUAGUCAUGAAUAUAAUAUUUCACUAAGUGUUGUACCUCUUCUGUACAUAUCAUCAAUAAAUGUUGAUUCAUAAUUUUCCUGCCUUAUACCUGUGAGUUUUACUGUCAGCCUGGACAUAAUUUGGGUGAGAGGUUAGAUAAAGAAGACUGAUGUGAGAGGCUGAGAUCUGCAGGCAGGGUGGAUGUUGGACCUGGAUUUGCCAAAGCACCAGAAAUCUGCCCCCUCAUGUGUAUGCUCUAAAUGUUCCAGGGUGCCAGCUGCAUCUGAGCUUCCUUGCUGCAAAGUCCAGGAUGUGCUAACCACAGUGAACUCUAAAGCAGUCUUGGCAGUGAAGGCUAGAGGAGUAGGAAGAAAUGUUAGAAGAGUAGGAGGAUGCAAUGAGUUGGUUGCAGUUGCUUUAGAAACAUGCUUCGCUUCCCUGCCUGAUAAAAAGUAAAUCUCUUCAUCUUAGCCUUAAACAAAAAAUAAAUUAAAUAAUAGACCCUUUUGCUGAACCCCUGCUAAACUUUGUAAAGAAAUAAACUGCGUUUAGUACAUGAAUUGAGAGAUGCUCAUGGAAAGGGCCAUGGCCUGAAGGACUGGCCGUUGCUAUGUAUGGAGAGAAAGCCCCGGCAUUUAUGAUCCCAGCAGGACACAGUAUGGAUCUCACCUAACCACAACUAGGUGAUUGAUAGAUGUAAUCUAAACCAGUCUGUGAGGCGCAGCAGCCUGCACCUCCAUGGGCUGCCAUCCCAGCCGAGGGCAGCCCUCACCUGAGGAGCUUCCAAGGGAAGGCCCGGUGUAGCAGGAGCAGGCUGAAGGCCCCCUGCAGCACUGUGGUUUGUUACGGUGUCUGAGCCGCUGACGCAGGCUGCCAGAGGCAGGAUAUUACUGUGUUCAGACCUGGCCUUGUUCAUAAAUUAGCUCUGCUGCCAUAAACCCCCUGGUCUCUUCAGAGCUCCGGAUUCCCCAUCACUGGCAUACUCACGAAGCAUUGACCAUACUGAGAGCCAUUCCUCUAUCUCUUCUCAGGCAUGAAAGAAAAAGAGAGAAGACUUCAGGGCUGCCAAACCUCCACCAGCCUCCUCCGUUGUAUCGGUGCAUGUAAACAGGACAAGGACAUGAAAGAAACAGGUGGCCCCAACAGGCUGCGACGUAGGAGGGGAGCAGCGUAAAAAACAACCAGCUGGCAGGCUGGAAGGCACCCCCGCAGCAAGCACAUGCAUGGCCAGCAAGGACUGGCACCCCGACUGGGCUUGGGGCAGAGCUCCAGGGGUGCAAGGGUGGCUGCAUAGGGCCUGUGCUGGCACCAGGCCCCUGACCCAGAAAGCAGGCAGCCACGGCUCCCCUCUGCUGCAGGGGGAGC